CUCUCUGUCACUCUCUCUCUCUACACUCUCUCUUGAUUCUGGACCGUGAGAAGGGAGCUUCGACGCCAUGAGCUUCCGCAAUUCUCUCUCAUCAGGCAGCUUUCAUCAGGCCAUCGCUUCCCUCCUUCAACGCUCGCGGUCUCGCGCCGAUCGCCGCUGAAGAAGAGAGGCGCGAGUAAACGAUGUUGCACGAGCUCCUGCUCGCGCUCCUCGGCUGCACCGGAGAUCUCAUCGUCGACGAGCGAGAGCACCGGCGGUCCCUCGGGCUCCCUCUCUCUCCAGAUGCUCCCAUUUCGGACGAGCGCGCCUUCAAGCUCGCGCCCGAUGUCUCCUUCAUCGAGCCUAGCGAGAGGGAUCUCAUCGAGAGGCUCAUCACACUAGGGUUCUAUUAUCGAGAGUUGGAUAGGUUUGCCACGAAAUCUCGAAAUUUAAGCUGGAUAAGGUCUCCAAACUUGUCUCCCUUGGAGAGAAUUUCUGAGUUGUCAAAGAAGAAAGAAGAAAAACCGAGCGUUUACCGUAGGGCCAUUGCUAAUGGCAUUGUUGAGAUACUGUCAGUCUACAGGUCUGCUGUUCUGCACAUUGAGCAGAAGUUAUUGUCGGAAUCUUUGCCCAUUUUGGCCACUGUCACUCAAGGCCUCAACAAGUUUUAUGUUCUCUUGCCACCCCUAUACGAGCUCAUACUUGAGAUUGAACGGAAUGAUAUUCGUGGAGGACAACUUCUAAACCUUUUACAUAAGCGAUGCCACUGUGGGGUACCUGAACUGCAGACAUGCAUUCAGAGGCUUCUGUGGCACGGACACCAAGUCAUGUACAACCAACUUGCAUCUUGGAUGGUCUAUGGCAUCCUUCAAGACCAGUAUGGAGAAUUUUUUAUCAGAAGGCAGGAAGAGAGGGAUGUAGAUCAUGGCUCAAGCCAUGCAAAUCUGUCCAGAAGAUUGUCUCGUUUGUCAACUGAUGAUACUUCUUUGACGGAUUGGCACCUGGGAUUUCAUAUUUGUUUGGAUAUGCUUCCUGAGUAUAUCCAUAUGCGUGUCGCAGAAUCAGUGUUAUUUGCUGGUAAAGCAAUCAGGGUUCUCCGUAAUCCGAGUACAUCCUUUCGGUUUCACGAUGCUACAAGUCAUCAACAAAUGCAGAGAGGCCCUCAAAAAAUUCAAGGGUCCGUUGGACGAUUUCCCUUUCUGAAGGAGCCCCUUGUGGACUCAAAGCUCAGUGGAGAGGAAUUAUUUCCUCAGUCUGAGGCUGAUAAGAUUGAAACAUUGCUUGGAGACCUAAAGGAGUCAUCUGAGUUUCACAAGAGAUCAUUUGAAUGUGCCGUUGACUCCAUUCGAGCAAUUGCUGCCAGUCAUCUUUGGCAGCUCGUGGUCAUUCGUGCUGACUUGAACGGCCAUCUUAAGGCUUUAAAAGACUAUUUUCUUUUAGCAAAGGGAGAUUUCUUCCAGUGUUUUCUUGAGGAAAGUCGGCAACUGAUGCGCUUGCCACCACGUCAGUCAACUGCUGAAGCUGAUCUUAUGGUUCCCUUCCAGCUGGCUGCGCUAAAGACGAUCGGUGAGGAAGACAAGUACUACUCUAGAGUGACCUUGCGGAUGCCUUCAUUUGGGAUUCCAGUCAAAUCUUCCCAAGUAGAUUUAAUGAAGGGAAAACUUAAUGCUGCUCCUCCAAAUGUGUCCUCAGAGAUGUCCCUUGAUGGAUGGGAUGGUAUUUACCUUGAUUAUUCUGUUGAUUGGCCCCUCGAAUUGUUCUUUACUCAAGAAGUUCUCUCUAAGUACUGCAAGGUCUUCCAGUAUUUGCUACGGCUAAAGCGAACGCAAAUGGAGUUGGAUAAAUCAUGGGCAUCUAUGAUGCAUCAAGAUCAUGUAGAAUUUUCCAAACAUGCUAAUGAUAGUGUAAACAGCUCAAUGCCUCAGAAACGACGUCAAUACCUCAAACCUGCCUGGCGGGUUAGAGAGCACAUGGCAUUCUUGACCAGGAAUCUUCAGUUUUAUAUCCAGGUGGAUGUGAUAGAAUCUCAGUGGAAUGUCUUACAAGCACGCAUCCAAAAUUCUAAUGACUUCACUGAACUUGUAGGGUACCAUCAAGAGUACUUAUCAGCCUUGAUUUCUCAGUCUUUCUUAGAUAUUGGUUCAGUGUCAAGGAUACUGGAUAGCAUAAUGAAACUUUGCCUACAGUUUUGCUGGACCGUCGAGAAUCAAGAGGGUUUUGCAAAUACAGCCGAACUGGAACAAAUUACAGAGGAAUUUAACAAGAAAUCCAACUCCUUGUAUACUAUAUUGCGUAGCAGUAGGCUUGCUGGAAGUCAACGGGCUCCAUUUCUCAGGCGUUUUCUUUUACGGCUGAAUUUCAAUUCCUUCUUUGAGGCGACUGCAAAAGGUGUGCUGAAUAUAGUCAGAUCGCAUCCCGCCCUUCCUGUUCUGAACCAACCGUAGAUCUCGGUUGGCUUUAAGCUCAGGCUUCUACUCCGGUUAUCCUCCAGCCUUGAUUUUGUUUUUCCCGAGACGUUUUGCUUCAUAUUAUCUCAAGUGAUGCUGAGGCAGUGAGUGAAUUCCAGUCGCUGCUCUCUCAACUCAAGUACGAACUGGAUGCCUUAGUUUGCUAACUGGACAACGCUUGUUGGAUGGGGAAUGCCCGAUAUGUCCCACGAGCAAUCCCAGUUAAAUGUGGCAUUUGUAGAUUGGCUGGAGAUCAUGAAAUGUCUGCAACUACUGACGGCCUUGGAUCAUCCUUUUACAGGUCAAUCUGGAGUCGCUUCUUUCUUUCUCUGUGGGUGCACAAACUCACAGCUGCACGGAUGAAUGCGCUUCAUGGUUAAGUCUGGUUGUUGACUCGAAUCUGCUUUUCACCCUAUCAUCGCCGCUAAAUGAUUCAGAGCAUGGGCAAUGAGAUCGACAGGGUUUUUCGAGGUCACUUGGAUCUGUAAUGCUCUGUUUCUAGGUAAUGAAAUAGUGGUUUUGCCUGUAAUUUAUUUGCAUAUCUGGGUUUGUGAAGCUUGGAUUUAUGGUGUGUAAAGUAAUGUAGGGGAAUUUUUUGAAGGAUGCUUUGCGAUGAGUUCAAAAGGGUCUUAUAGUUUCUCGGAAACAUGAUAUGAUAAAUCUGUGGCCUGAGCGAUUUUGGCUUUGUCCAUUU